CAAUUUUAUACAUGGAUGACGUGAAUAUUUUAUGCACCGACAUUUUAUCUGUAAACAGGACUCUGGACUUAACGGACUUUUUCGGACUGGCCUCUGGGUCGAAGCUCAACAGAGCUAAGACCCAAGCCCAACUGUACGGACCAUGGACCCCCGACGAGACUGCAGGACUCCCCCUUACCGUGACCCCAGGACAUAAAAUACUGGGAAUCAGGUUCGACCGGGAGGGGGGCGGGAGUCUAAAUUGGGCCGACAUUACAGGGAAAGUUAGGAAAAGACUGGGGUUCUGGGCACUUAGAGGACUGACUAUGGAAGGGAAGGUUUUAAUCGUGAAAGCCGUGAUUUUACCUCUGUUUUUACUAACCUGUUCUGUUUUUAUUCCCCCCAGAGCCGUGUUUUAACAUGGGAAAAGGAAAUUUUUAAAUUCAUUUGGGGGGGCAGAUGGGAGAGGUUGAGGAGGGAGGUCCUAAAGAGACCAAAGGAGAAAGGAGGCAAGGGUGUCCCGGACCUCCCCCUCUUCCUCGGAGCAGGAUACACGGCAGCGCACAUUGCACUUUCCCAGGACCCAUCCAGAAAUCCAAAGACUACUGCCUUUGUGAGAUUCUGGAUGGGUUCCUUUUUAAGAAGGAAGAAGUUUUUAUCGACGGACCUCCGAGUGCCAGUGUCUUUUAGCCUACCUUGUUUUUAUGCUUUUAUACCCACCUUUUUAGAACGUUUUAAAUUGACACAUGAGGGUUUGCAGGUUUUAUCAAAGCAUAAAGCAAUGAUCUCUUCUGUGCAGGAGCGGGAUCCCGUGAGUCCGGUGCGCGGGCUCACACUAGGGGAGCCCACAACAGUUUGGCGCAACGUCAACCAUCCUGCUCUCCCGAACAGACUCCGGGACCUGUCCUGGCUGGUUGCUCAUGAGGUUCUCUCGGUCAGGUCCGUCAUGCACUCCCGGAGGUUAUCCCUGACCGCAACCUGCCCCCGGCCGGGUUGUGGCGCGCCCGAGUCGGUGAGGCAUCUCCUCUGGGAGUGCAGUGCUGCCAGAGAUCAGUGGGCUACAGCCGGCACCUUACAAUUCCCGUACCUACCAGCAGGGGAGGUCCUUACAGCACAGCUGGUGCUGUACGGGGUGGGCCUAAGUCCGACCACUCCCAAAAAGGACUUCACAAGGAUCUGGCUCACCCUCGCCGCCAUCAAAGACGCCAUGUGGACCUCCAGAAACCUGCUGGUAGGAAAGCACAUGCAGAUCCCCCCCGUGGCUGUGAUCCGGAAGGCAGCAGCUACGGUCAGUGAGACCGUAGCUGCAGGCGGCGGGCCCUAGGACACAGUCACAAAGAAGAAUCGCCUCUGUGCUCAUUCGGAUGAAGGUGACCGGAGCCUUAUCUCGAAGGUCGAGGUCGCAGCGGCCUGGCUCUCCGGGUGCGGUCGGAGGGAAGGAGCAUCGGAGAGGACCUCCUCUGAGCGGGACGGGUCACCGAGAGACCAAAUGUUCGGGAGAGCAGGAUGAGUCUCCUUGAUAGGGACUCACCCCGCUCCUGUACAGAGAGACUUUUAUCACUGCACCCUCUUUUAAUGGACUUUUAAAUUGACACACUUUUAUGGACAUUGUUUUUACACCAAUUU